UUGGACUUUGGUGGAAAGGGGAAAGGAAUCCUGCCAGAGGACUGAAUCCUGACAGAAAGCACACUACUUGUUAGCCUAAGAGUGGGAAAUGAAUAACUUGGAAAUGGAUCUGUCUUCUAAUGGCUCGCCAGUAAUCAUCAUAGAAAACAUUGCCUCGCAGCUAGCGUGUAGCCCAGUGGAUACGAAAGUUGCUUUGCGGAUGGAUGAAGAAGAUGAGCUCAGACACUUCCGUGAACAUUUCCACAUUCCCAAAGCGAAGGAUCUGCCUCCAACUGAUUCAACUUUUGUAAACGAAGAUGAAAACUGCAUCUACUUUGCUGGUAAUUCUCUUGGUCUUCAGCCAAAGAAAGUUAAAACCUACUUGGAUGAAGAACUUGACAAGUGGGCUAAAAUAGGUGUUCACGGUCAUCUGAAUGGUACACGUCCUUGGAUUUUUGGAGAUGAGUGCAUUGUCGAACUUAUGGCUGAUAUUGUAGGGGCUCAUAAAGAUGAAGUAGCUUUAAUGAAUGGCUUGACGGUUAAUUUACAUCUCCUACUGCUAUCUUUCUUUAAGCCAACCACAAAUCGCUAUAAAAUCCUGAUGGAAGCAAAAGCUUUUCCCUCAGACCAUUAUGCUGUUGAGUCUCAGCUCCAACUUCAUGGGCUGAAUGUGGAGAGGAGCAUGCUUAUGAUAGAACCCCGAAAGGGGGAGGAGACCUUGAGAAUUGAAGACAUCCUUGCUGUAAUUGAGAAGGAAGGAGACUCUGUUGCCGUAAUUCUGUUCAGUGGUGUGCAGUACUACACCGGACAGCAGUUUGACAUCCCCAGAAUAACCAAGGCUGGCCAAGAGAAGGGUUGCAUUGUUGGAUUUGACAUGGCUCAUGCUGCUGGAAAUGUUGAACUGCAUCUGCAUGACUGGGGAGUAGAUUUUGCCUGCUGGUGUUCAUACAAGUAUCUAAAUUCUGGAGCAGGUGGUCUAGCUGGUGCUUAUAUUCAUGAGAAACAUUCCCAGACUGUAAAACCAGUGCUAACAGGAUGGUGGGGUCAUGAGUUCAAAACCAGAUUUCUCAUGGAAAAUAAAUUGCAACUGAGUCCUGGGAUCAAUGGAUUUCGAUUAUCAAAUCCUCCCAUAUUAUUGGUGUGUGCUCUUCAAGCUAGUUUAGAGGUUUUUGGUCAAACUACAAUGAAACUUCUGAGAAAUAAAUCCAUCCUUCUUACUGGCUACUUGGAAUACUUGAUAAAACAUUACUACAGUGAAGAUAAAGAUAAUCCUGAGAAGCCCCAUGUGAAAAUCAUCACACCUUCUAGCAUUGGAGAAAGAGGAUGCCAGCUCACACUGCUCUUCUCCAUCCCAGUUAAAUCAGUGUUUAAAGAACUGGAAAAAAGAGGAAUUGCUUGUGACAUGCGAGAACCCAAUGCUCUUCGUGUUGCCCCAGUUCCUCUCUACAAUUCUUUCCAUGAUGUGCACAGAUUCAUUGAAAUCCUGGGAUCGGCAAUUACAUCUGCGGAGCAAACAGCAGACACUACAGCACAUUCCUGAUCUUAUUGACAGCGCAGCUGUAUCUUUUAAUCUAUUGCUGACUAAGAUGCAUCAAUGCUUUUGAGCAAUUUUUUUGUUUCAACUCUGUUCUACCA